AUAAACACGCCUCUCAUAAUCUCGGUAGGAAUUGAAGAAAAAUGCAUAAGGCCAAGACCUAUUUGAUAUCGAUUAUUAUUUCAACCCGCAUCAGAAUAAACAGAUACACUUCUGUUUGUUUCGCGAUACCGAUUCAAGAUGAUUAUAGCAUAUAAGAAAUUGGUGUGUUUUUUAUUGUUGUUGAAUACUGCGUAUUGUUUAGAAAACAGGGGCGCUUCUUGUCCGCAGAUGUAUGAACGCACUUUUCAAGGAUAUUUACCGAAAGGACAUAAAACGGCAGGUAGCUACUUUUAUAUCGAGGGCAUCACAGAUGUGGAAAAUUGUAUCACGAAAUGUUGUGAAAAUAGUACGUGUAAUGCUGCUCUAAUGCUCAAUGAUAAAUGUUACACAGUCGAUUGCGAUUCAAAUGAAAAGUGUAUACCUAUUCUACACCAUAAUGAAAACUUUAGAGACAACGUGACAAUGAUUCUGGUAAAACCAGAAGAAAAAAAUGAAAAUUGGUCGAACAUACUGAAAUCUCAAGAGGAGGAUGUGAAUUGGAAAAAUUCUUGUCCCAAACUGUAUGAAUUCACAUAUAGAGGGUAUUUGCCAAGAGGAAAUAUAUCUGCAGGCAACUAUUCAUAUAUAAAAGAAAAAACAGAUUUACGAAAUUGUGUUCUUAAUUGUUGUGACAAUGAUAACUGCAAUGUUGCAAUUCUGCAUUCUCAUAAAUGCUACCAUGUGGAAUGUAAAUCUAGCAGACUAUGUGUUCCAUCACUUUACCACAAUACUACCAUCAGAAAAUCUCUUUAUAUGGUGCUAGUUAAACCUGUUAAGCGCAAUGAUAAAUGGAAGGAUGUUUUGAGAACUUUCAAGGACACAACGGAUGAGAAUAGUGAAGAAUUAUUGCCUGAAAUCUCUUCCACUGAAGAAACUACAAUUCAUCCUACAUUAUCUUCGCCCGAAAUUGAUAGAAGAAAUUUCAGUAUAACCCUGAGACUACCUAAGUUUCACACCGAAGGGGGGGAAUCUAAAAAAAAAAUAGGUUACACAUGGAAACAAGAAGAAGGUCCAACAACAUUGGAAUUUCAUCAGACAAACGAAACAGAGUUUGAAAUUAAAAAACUGAUCUUUGGAAGCUAUCUCAUCAAAUUGACUGUUGAAGAUAUACCUAAGGUCAAAAAAGACGAGAGCGAAAACAGUUCAAAUAAAAGUGAACCAAUGAAUACAACAGAGCAAUUUUGAAUAAAUUUUAUACAUUAUGUGCCUGGUGUAUAUUGUUGAGUUUUUGGAAGCAAUAAAGAUUAUCAUAG